UUUAAUGGGAUUAAAAUUAAAAUUUAUAAAUGCUCAAAUAUCAUUGAAUAAAUGAUUUAAACAACUAAUCGUAAUGACUUGCACGAUGCACUUCAAAGCUAUUCGCUAUUGUGUGACUGUUUGGAAGAAUGAACUCCAUAAAUAAUGAUUACGCAUCAUUCUAUUCGUUCAAAGAUUAUAGUUCAUCCGUUAACAAAUGAUCCAACUGGUGCAUGGCAACAACUUUCACAGCAACAGAGAGUUAUUAAAAUAAAUACAAAAAUACCAACAGAUGAAACCCCAAAAAAUAAGUUGCGGGUUGUUUGUAUGAGCGAUACGCAUUCAAUGAUACAAUAUAUAAAAUUUAAUAUUCCCAAUGGAGAUGUUUUUAUACAUGCUGGAGAUUUUACCAAAUGCGGAAGUCUUCAAGAAGUUAUAGACUUUAAUAAUUGGAUUGGCAAUCUUCCACACAAAUAUAAAAUUGUAAUUGCUGGAAACCACGAACUUAGCUUUGAUCCUACAUUUACUCAUCCAUUUUCCAAUCAUCAAAGUAGAAAUUGGCAUAUGAUUACAAAAACCAGUAUAUUUGAUAGUAUACCUACCUUAGGGAUUCCAAAAGAUGUUUUGAAUGAAGCCAUAAAAACAAAUAAUAUUAAGGAUAAAUUAACUAAUUGUAUUUACUUAGAAGAUAAAGAAAUUAUUAUUUCUGGUAUUAAAAUUUAUGGUACACCUUGGCAACCAGAAUUCUGUAAGUGGGCAUUUAAUAUACCUCGUGGAGAGCCAUGUUUAUCCAAGUGGGAUAUGAUUCCUGAUAAUACAGAUAUACUUGUUACACAUACCCCUCCUAUAGGACAUGGUGAUCUUUGCUGCAGUGGAGUUAGAGCUGGUUGUGUAGAACUCUUAAAUACUGUUCAAAAUCGUGUAAAACCUAAGUAUCAUGUAUUUGGACACAUUCAUGAAGGGUAUGGUGUGUCUUCAGAUGGUAAAAUAAUAUUUAUAAAUGCUUCCACGUGUGAUUUAAAUUACUUACCCAGCAAUCCUCCAGUAGUAUUUGAUGUGACACUACCAGUAGAUAUAGAAAAAAUAUAAGUUAUUAAAUCGUUAAAUUACAUUUGUUGAAGCACCAAAAAUAAA